GAUGUGCCUAAUGGUGUGAUGUACCUUAUGAUUUGAAUGAGGUAUGCAACUACCUAGUAGGUAAUAAGGAACCCCCACACCACACUUUAACAUAAUAAAUAUCGGGUCACCUAGUACUAGAGUAAUUUUGUCGUCGACAACAAUUUAGCAACCCGAAGAUUUAGCCACAACAUAGCCACGACAAAGCUACGACACGCGAUAAAUACACACAUCUACAAUCAAACAACCACAAGUAAAAUGGCGGAUGACAAUAGCAAGCCUGCAAUUGACGAGACUCCUAUCUCUCCAAUCCGCCCUAAUAACGAGCGGAGGAACUCGCUCGAACAACACCUAAAGCAACGCCCCGAUCGGUCGGAACUUGUUGAGAAGAACAUCUUGCCUGCUUCAACUGCUGCUCCUAGCCUACAGGAAAAGCAGAAAGAGCUCGAGAGACAUAUGCGUGCCGACUCGCUCAACGAGAAGAUUUCUCACCGACCGCCUCCUGAGAAGCUCAUCCAAGAGGGUAUCCUCCACAAGGACGAGGACCCUCGAUCAGCCGAGGAGAAGUAUGAGGAAGCCAUCGAGGAAGAAUAUGCCAAGAGGGAGGGCGGCGCCUGAGCGGAUUGGCUGAAUCAAUCACAUGGACGGGGCAAUGUUUUGAAUUAUCAUUUGACUAUCUACCCAGGUAUGUCAUACAUUGUCAUACUUGCCAUACUUAUACGUGCCUAUGCCUAUUGAAGAGGGGGACGGAUUAUAAAAUGUAUAGGUACUGGGGGUAGGUACAUGAUAUCCUACCCUGGGUACCUACUAGUAUCAAUGUGUCAUAACUUGGAACCAUUCUCUGUUGUUCUCUUCUGACCGAGGCGGGAAUUCGACGACUUGUGGGUAUACGCCCUCAUAGAACAUAAAACCACCAAUGAUGAUGGCUUUUCGGGAAUUUACUACUGUAAUGUGCCC